AUGGGAGGAAAGUGCCCUCACCGGAGCGUGAGAAAGCGCCGAUACUCGCACAAAUCCGCGAGGCGCACCAAAUUUCUUCUCAAAGAUAUCCUUUUUUACUGCGUGUUUAUGGAUAUAGAUGUCUUGUUUAUCUUGACUUGCUAUUGUUCACGGGACGACGCCGUUUAUGACGAGCUUCAGAAAGUGAAGGGGAAGGAUAAACCCUUGCCCGUAGAUGAAGACCUUCCCGGGAUGGGCCAGUACUAUUGCUUGCAUUGCGAUCGAUAUUUUGCAAACUCGACGGUGAGGGAUGAACAUUUCAAGACCAAACGGCAUAAGAAGCGGUAUUUGAAGCUGAUGAUGGGACCUGCUCCACACACCCAAUUAGAUGCCGAUCUUGCUGCUGGGAUGGGUAUGCCUGACAAUGGCCCAAAGUUGAUGUCCAUGUAA